AUGAUCCGCAGAGCAGUGGCGGUAGCAGCAACAAGCAAGUCGAGCACAAGUCAACUAUCAGAAACAUUGCCACCAGCUGGCAUUGACAAUGAAUACGGGGGAUUAACUAAAGCAGCAGAAGCAGACAAUGAUGGCACAAGGACAGUCCAAACAGCAGGAGCAGUAGCAGUAGCAGCAACAACAACAACAACACCGGUAGACCGUCAUGGCGUGAGCACUAGUCAACCAUCAGAAACACCAGCACCAGCUGCUAUUGACGGUGAUGAUGGGGCAUCACCUAUACUAGCGCUACUGAGAAGGAGGGCACACGAUCUGGAUAACUGGUUUUCCAAUAAGAAGAAGUUGCGCAGACGCCAACGACUUAAUGAUAAUGGUGGUGGUGUUAAGGUUCAGGCUCACGGGAUUGGGAAUAUGGCGGCCUUGCGUACACUCGGUGUCGUGAAUGUGAGUGGUGCAGGUGGGAAGGCCAUCCUCAAGGAGGUAAAUAAGCUUACCCAGUUGCGCAAGCUCGGCGUGUCUGGUAUCAACCGCAAAAACUGGCACGACUUGUACUCUGCCAUUUCAGGACAUGGUCAUCUCGAGUCAUUGUCAGUAUAUUUUGACAAGGGGGAACCUGCAACAAGUUUUUUUUCUCGUUCGAGUGACAUGUUCUCCGGCCUACCCAAGAGUCUGAAGAGCCUUAAGCUGUAUUCGACGGGUGGGGAAGUACAAGUACCGCCGGUCUUGGUGAAGCAUCUUUACUGUCUCAGAAAGUCUCGUUUUGACCUCAUAGUGUCGACGCAAGAAGAUAUAUACAGCAUUACGGAAUUUCCUCAUCGACGUGCAUUUCGUAAUAUUUAUGUCAAGCCGGUUCAAGAUGGCCAGCUCCAUUAUGGUCAGCGGGAUGAGACGUUGUAUUGUGAUGGUUUCACUGACGCCCCAAUCCUCAAGAUUGACUGUGGCAGCUACAAGCUGGCGAUAUGUUUUGGAUAUUGGAUACCAGAAUACAUUGAGGUGCUGGUGGUUGACUGCUCUACUGCUGAGGCUUCUUUGGAGGUGUCUGGAUUAAAGGAAUUAUCUAGACUCAAGGAGGUGUGGCUCAAGGGUUCCUACAGCGAGGCAAUCAAGCAACAUUUGCAGCAGAAACUUGAUGAGCUACACAGCUCACGCUUGGAGGAGGCAGUUAAGUACGGCAGGGAGUCCAGGUACACAAGAGCUGUCCUGAGGCUGGAGGACCAAGCACAUCCGUCCUGAUUCAUUUCCAUUUCUUCUUCUCUUUAUUCUCUAGUUAUGUGCAUCCAAUGUAAUAGGCACCCAACAAUC